GAGAUAUUUCUCAGGGGAAUUUCCAGGAUUUUGAUCGAAUUGCUGGUUCGUGAUCGAGUUAUUGUCUGAAUUCGUAUUUUAAUUUUUUUUUUUUUUUGUUCACAAUCUCAUGGGUUUAUGCAUAUCUUGUUGAAGGUGCUUAACUUUUGAUUCACGUUUUACUUAAGGGGUAAAUUAUAGGUCAAUGGCAUGUAGAUUACUCUUAAUUCUUGAUUAAACUGGUUUAAAUAUGUAGAAAAUCAACUUUUUUUUUGUUUGUAUAUAUGUUCCAGAUUAGAAGUUGACAUUCAUAUAAUUCAGCAAAAGAAGAAGAUUCUGCGGUUUUCUUGGUCUCUUUUGUGGUUGUAUAAUGGCGUCUGGUACAAUGGGAGGGUUGUCUGAGGUAUAUAGUAGUGCAAAAAGGAUUCUACUUAGGGCUAGGGAUGGAAUCGAGAGGUUGGAGAGGUUCGAUUCUGAUCCUACCGAUCUCUCCUCAUCUGUGAAACGAGAUAUUACUGAGGUUCAAUCUCUUUGUUCUAAUAUGGACGGUCUCUGGCGUUCGAUCCCUGUUAAAGCCCAGCGUGAUCUUUGGAGAAGAAAGAGUGAACAAGUAGGAGAAGAGGCCGAGUAUUUGAACCAAAGUCUGGAGAAGUACAUGUGGAGGAAUCAGAGGAAGAUGUUGGAAGCGAAAGAGAGAGCGGAUUUGUUAGGUAGAGGGAGCGGAGAAGGAGCUCAUAUUUUGCAAAUAUUUGAUGAGGAAGCUCAAGGAAUGAACUCUGUCAAGAAUUCGAAGAGAAUGCUCGAAGAUUCGUUUCAAAGUGGAGUUGCUAUCCUCUCCAAAUAUGCCGAACAAAGGGACCGUUUAAAGAGGGCACAGCGGAAGGCUUUGGAUGUUCUGAACACUGUUGGGCUCUCCAACUCUGUACUGAGGCUCAUUGAGAGGCGCAAUCGUGUUGAUACAUGGAUUAAAUACGCCGGUAUGAUCGCAACGCUUGUCAUAUUGUAUCUCUUCAUAAGAUGGACACGCUAAAACCAGAGAACUUUAAUUACAUCACAUAGAUUGUAUGUAGAGAGUUAUGUGACUUGAUCUUAUGCGCUGUGGUAACACAUUUUUUUUGUUUUGUUUAUGCCUCUCACAAGACAUUUUCAAAACACUAGUAUCCAUAUUCUCGAUUUCAUUUG